AUGUCUUUUCAAAACCAGUUUGUUGUAGCGUCCUGGAAGAACCAGCUCAUACCGCAGCAGUUGACCAAUAAUGUCUUUUUCGGGCCACUAAACGCUUUGUCACAGCUGAGAUUUUUGCAAGCCAACAAUAUCAAGUUUUUCGUCGCAGUAGGGAUCCCCACGGCUCGCGUAGCCCAAUAUUGUCAGUCGCUUCCCUCAGAACAGUGUCUAGUGGUAAACUUCGAUCCAAAUUUCGAUCCAAAUUUCGAUCCAAACUCCGAUCAAAAGACUCCCGGAAAUCAGCAACCUCAAGAUGUGGUCUCCCAAUACUGUAGAACCCAGUCUGCAAGUCUCAGACUUGUAACGGCCGAAGUAAGUGCCCAGACCGAGACUAACUACAAUUCUGAUCGCGGACUGACACCGCAGCCAGAAUUAGAGCAGCUUUUAUACCACAGCGCGGGUAUUUACGAACGCAACGUGAUAACGGCACAAGGAAUUGAUGUGUUCGAGGCCUUUAACGAUCUGCUUAAGAUCUUCAAGCUGUCGAAUGCCGGAAAUGUACUGGUAUUCUCGUCUAGCGGCAACGAAAGCGACUUGUCUUCACUGCUUGUCUCUCACAUUCUGCAUACCAAUUCCCAAGCUAGUGUUUGCGAGGCUCUUCAAUAUGUGAGAUCCCUGCGCCCUACCAUCGCGCAAACUGGGCUCGACUUUUCGACGUCUUUCCCAAGUCUAGCACAAUUUGCAGAAAGACUUCGUUCUAAACACAUUCUGCAAGAAGAUUAUCCCGAUGCUAGAGUUGGAGGUCUCUCUCUCAAUGCGACAUCUCUCGCCACAAAGAGGAGGAAUAUGCCUUCAUCUGAUGAAGAAGAAGAAGAAGACGCAGAAGAUGACAAUGCUUCCGCGAAUCUAUCAUUCGCCAGCCUCCAGUCAGAAAGAGCUGCGGCGGGGACACCGAAGGCCCGGAAAAUAGCCGAUCGGCCAUUUUGA